AUGGCCCCCCGAGCCGUCAAGAUUACCGAGUGCGGCAAGUACUGCGGCCCGACCGCCAACGGCCCCACCAUUUCGUUCAGCAGCUUCCGGCAGUCCUUCACGACGAAUGUCAAUUACCUGAAGCGGCGCUUCAGCUCCGGGGACCUGUCCUCGGAGUGCGAGGACGGCGAAGCGCCUGUCGAUCCGUAUUCCAAGCCGCCGGCUCCGCCUCCCCCUCCUCCCUCCCAGUCAAGCACCGGCAGCGACCUGUCGCUCAACCUGCGCUCCGGCUCCAAGACGACGUCGGCGCCCAGCUCGCCGGCCAAGUCGCGCGAGAGCCUGCUGCAGCGCGUCCAGUCGCUCACGGGGCAGGCAAGAGACCAGGGCGCCUCCAUAUUGGGCGCCGCCGUCUCCAGCGCCGCUUCCAGGGUGACCACCGGGCGGAGUGUGUACACUGACUUGCAGCGCGUUCAGUCGCUGACGGUACAGGCAAGGAACCAGGGGGUCUCGAGUUCAUUCCUAUAUACGAAACAGAGUGACUUCAUCUUGACCGCAUGGUCCAUAGACUCCACUGGAAGCCUGCUGCAGUGCCUCCAGUCGCUCACGGAGCCGAUGAGGGAUCAGGGCACCUCCAUCUUGGGCGCAGAAGUCUCCAGCUCCACACCCAGUGUAACCAGCGGGAACACCGACUGGGGCAAGUACUUCCGGGGCAGGCGCAUCGGCGAUUGUGAGAUCCGCGUGGAGCAAGCUGAGUUCAGGGAGAUCACUGUCACGGCCACCGCGGAUGCCGCCACCGUCUCCAUGACGGUGCUCAGGGGCGGCACUAGGGUGGGGCGCUCCUUCAGGCCGGAUUUCCUCUUGGUCAGGCAGAACAUGAGAGACGCUGGUGAAGAUUAUAAAAGACUACUGCUUGCAUUGAAAUUCGGUGGAGUUCCAAGCAUUAACAAUUUGAAUGCCAUUUUCAACUUCCAGGAUAAACCAUGGGUUUUCGGACAUCUUGUACAACUUCAGAGAAGAUUGGGAAAAGAAAACUUUCCGCUGAUAGAACAGACUUUCUAUCCAGACCACCGAGAAAUGGUGAGCAACUAUGCAUGA